AAUAGAACAAGACUGUUUCUGACGGACCUUUGGAUACUCUAGCGCUUUUCACCCCAACUGCAGCUAUAUCUACUCGAAUUGGGUAAUUUCGCCAUUGACUUGCAAAUAAAGGCGGAAACAAUACAAACACCACACACAGAAUGGCUGUCGAGACCGCUCCUACUCUUCCCGUUCCCAUUGAGGAUCUCACCAAGGUCGCGAAUGAGGCUUGCGAAUCUGCACUGAAGAGCUGCGAGAGCUACGACCACGCCCAGGUCGGCGAAUGGAACUCCCAGAUCAUUAACCACAUUCUCAAGGCUCUCAUCACGGCCACCGCCCCCACCACUCCCUCCACGCAACCUCCUUACCGCUUCACCGUCAACAGCACGAUCGUCCAGCAAGGGCUCAUUGACAAGUCCGCCGCCGCAGAGGGGGCCGCCAGCAACACCGGCAAGCGCGGCAUGCACUCCGCCUCCGGUGCCUUCUGGGACGUCAACCGCGACGGCAUGUGGACUUUCAAGUACCCCGGCGCCGAGGAGCGCGGGCUUGAUGUGGUGGUCAGCGUGACCUGGUUCGCGGUGAACUAGUGCCAGGUGUGAGUGAUAUAGGGCAAAAAAGAUAUAACGCGGAAAAAAAAAACUACCUCUCUUUCUUUCUCUCUUCUCUUAUAUAUUUCUCACUUUCUCACCUCUUACUUUCUCAUUUUUUUUUGGUUCUUGUGCUCUAUUCUACCUUCCUGGUUAUAGUUUGCCUACUGCUGUCUCUUGAUGU